AUGGACAUUAUAGAGGAGCUGUGUUAUGAGAUGGCCGUGCAGAGGAUGGAGGCCAUGGACGAGUACACCAUCUUCAUCGUCACCAACAGAGGUCAGAGUGUGCGGCCGUUGACCAAGCGUGAGUACAUCCUGGACGUGGGUCUGGAGGCGGAGCAGAGUGACCCGGAGUACACCUUCUGCUUCAGACGCGUCAUCUGGUCACACGUCCUCACCUUCGACAACGAGCUGUCAGUCACCCUGCACUUCAACCAGGUGCUGCCAGACUACCUGAAGGGUCUGCUGAAUGUGAUUCCUACUGGGAGAGCGAGUGAACAGCAACUCAGCCAGGUGGCCAAGCUAGCAGCACUGCAGCACCGCAGCAAGGAAUGCCUCUACACACCUACAGCACAUGAGGUUGCGGAGUACAUUCCAGCUCAGCUGUUCGUCAAGCAGGGACCCAAAGAGUGGCACACACUGGUGUCGCAACACACACACGCCACACAAGCGCUCAGCACACACCAGGCCCGCGCACAGUUCCUAGGUCUGGUGUGUGCCUUCCCCAUGUUUGGCUCCUCCUUCUUCUACAUCAUCAGCAGCAGCAACCCCUCAGUCUCCGCCCCCUGCAUCCUGGCUGUCAAUCAAAACGGACUCCACUUUCUGCACAAGGACACACAUGAGUUGCUGGUGCGUUUCCCUCUGAAGCAGGUCCAGGCCACACACACUCAGAGGCCGAGCAGCGGCCACACACACAGCUACCCCUACGUGGACAUCCUAAUAGGAGAUCUCAACACACAGAGGGUCACACAACUACAACUGGAACAGGGCCUGGAGCUGUGUCGGGUCAUUGCCAUGCACGUGGAGAACCUACUGUCAGUCCGCGAGAAGAGGCUGACUCUGCCGCCCAGCGAAAUCACGCUACUCUAA